CCCCCACCCCCGUUCCCGCACGGCCAGAGAGAGAGACACCGGGGAGAGGCUCGGAACGGAGGGAGAGAACUCCGGACCAAAACAAGCGGUGCCCCCCUUCCUUUUGUCGCUCCCUUCGUCUCCCCCUCACCAAGCUGUUAACAGGGAGGUUGGCAUGCUGCCACAGUUCCUUGGCUCCUGUCUCCACAAAGGUUGGAUUAUUUCGUAGACUCACCGGCCCAGGCCUUUUCCCUCGGCCCCUGUGAUUCGGGAGAGGGAAAGGAGAGGGAUUCCUCGUCGAGAAAGCGGCCGUCCAUUUCUGCUGGAGACCCCAGGUGUCUGAGAGGGAGCAGCGAUGCGUUUCCCUUUGGUGUUGAUGCUGCAGGCUCUGUGGGCCAGUGUGUGCCAGACCAUGCAGCACUACCCCGCAGCCUGGGGACACUACGACGUGUGCAAGUCUCAGGUGUACACAGAUGACGGACUCACCUGGGAUUACAUGGCCUGCCAGCCCGAGGCUAUGGACAUGACCAAGUACCUAAAGGUUUCGGUGGACCCGCCCAACAUCACCUGUGGAGAUCCCCCGGAGACAUACUGCGCCCUGGAAAAUCCAUACAUGUGUAACAACGAAUGUGAUGCCCAAAAUGAGGACUUGGCCCAUCCUCCAGAGCUCAUGUUUGACUUUGAAGGUCGCAACCCCACAACUUUCUGGCAGUCUAGUUCCUGGAAGAAGUACCCCAAGCCUCUCCUGGUUAACAUUACGCUGUCAUGGAACAAAACCGUUGAGCUGACCGACGACAUCGUGGUUACUUUCGAGUCCGGCCGCCCAGAACAAAUGGUUCUGGAGAAGUCGCUGGACUAUGGUAAGACCUGGCAACCCUACCAGUUUUAUGCCACAGACUGUUUAGACGCCUUUACCAUGGAACCCAAGACUGUCCAGGACCUUACCCAGCAUACCCUCUUAGACAUCAUCUGCACUGAGGAAUACUCCAGGGGCUAUGUGUGGAAGUAUGACAAGACAGUACGCUUCGAGAUCAAGGAUCGCUUCGCAUUGUUUGCCGGGCCACGCCUCCACAACAUGGCCUCCCUGUAUGGUCAGCUGGACACCACCAAGAACCUCAGGGACUUCUUCACCAUCACAGACCUGAGGGUCCGGCUCCUCCGACCAGCCACCGGGGCCACCAUGGUGGAUGAGAACAACCUGUCCAGAUACUUCUACGCCAUCUCCGACAUCAAGGUGCAGGGCAGGUGCAAAUGUAACCUUCACGCCAACAGCUGUGUGUUUGACAAGGAGAAGCUGAAUUGUGAGUGUGAGCACAACACCACGGGUCCGGACUGUGGCCGCUGUAAGAGGAACUACCAGGGCCGGGCAUGGAGCGCUGGCUCCUACCUGCCCAUCCCCAAGGGCACAGCCAAUACCUGUAUCCCCAGUAACGUUGGUCCAGUUAACUGCGAAUGCUUCGGCCACUCCAACCGUUGCAGCUACAUCGAGCUGCUAAACACCAUCAUUUGCGUGAGCUGUAAGCACAACACUAGGGGGCAGCACUGCCAGGAUUGCAAGCAGGGCUACUUCCGAAAUGCCUCCGCUCAGCUGGAAGAUGAGAAUGUGUGCAUAGACUGUAGUUGUAAUCCAUUUGGCUCAGACAGUGUUCGCUGUAAUGGCACAGGAUUUUGUAAAUGUAAGGAGGGAACUACAGGGGCUAAGUGUCAAGAAUGUCUUCCCGGAUAUUUAUGGGACAAUGGCUGCAAAUGCGACAACAGCCAGGUCAACCUCUCACGGGACACUCCUAGAUUGGAACCUCCUCCAGAUGCCCGAGUGUGUGACAACGAGCUCCUGCGCUGUCAGAACGGAGGUGUGUGUCUGAACAACCUGCGGUGCCAGUGUACCUCUGCCUUUACAGGCCUGCUGUGUGAGAAGCCCCGCUGUGAAUCAGAGCUCGGGGGCUGUGGUGGUCCCGACUCCGGACAAACCGCCCUCUCUCCAGCAUCACUCCCUACCUUGCUGCUCGUCCUGCUGCUGGGCUCGACCCUGUUUAGAGAAGUGUCCUACUGGCCCUAGCCCAUCCUGCUCGGAGAACCACGGGCCUACUGUCCACACUGAAUUGGUGGAGAGUGCUGCCCAAUAACCCACUACAACAACAAACAGAACUAUAACAACCAUGAGCUCAGUCUACUGUACGGUACCAACUGUCCACCAGACAGAGCAAGGACACUCGCUGUCUAGAAGGGAAUGUGCCAGAAUGAAAGUCAACUUUAAUUUGAGAUAAAAGUAUGUAUAUAUAUAUAUGUGUAUAUAUAUAUAUAUAUAUAUAUGAUGAGAAUUAAAAAUAAAUAUAAAAAAUAUAAAUAAAUACCAGAUAUUUAAAGAGUUUAACUUGAGCAUUUGCUUUACAAAAAGUCUUAGCAGCCCAAUAAUGGAGACGAGUGACCAAAGCCAUACCAGACACUUUCUCCCAUAACUGUCAAAUGGAGGGACUGGACAUGACAGACACUUUGCUCACUUCCUCUUUUAUUGCCACGGCAACGGGACCUGCCACAAAUCAGAAGUGGCAAGCUCAAACUAGCAAUGCCAGCUGCUGCCAGCUGCCCCUGUCCAAGGGUUCUUUGGGGUUUGAUGCUGGCUGGACUGAACCGCUUUUGGGCUGGACUGACUGACCGAUGCAGAACUCUGUAGAACUGUUCCCACCACUGCUGAGUGAUGGAAAGACAGGCUUGAAAAAUAAACAUGAAUAAAAAGAGAAGUUAAGGAUGAAUAAUUAAAAAGGGAAUGUAGGCAUUCUUUGCUGUCAGUGCAUUGUGGAUAUAAGGAAAUCCAACACAUCUAUCUAUCUCUCUGUCUCUCUUUCUCUUGUUCUUCUGUCCUUCUUUCGGUCUCCCUUCUCUCUCUCCAUCUAUCUGUCUCACUAUCUAUCUCUCCUCCCAUCCUAUAUUCCCACCAUGUCCUCAUCCCCCUUGGUCCCACCCAGCCUCUUCCUUCACAGACCUGUGCUUUUGUAAACGUUACUCUGUAACCCUUGUCGGUUGAAAGGUUUUUUGUCCAAUGUUAGUGACGCACAUGUGUAACAGCCCCGUAUCCUCCCCUCCAAAAAGAUAGUCAAACUACCUGUAUACAUAUUUUACCUUAAGACCACUGCGUUUCCUGAGACCUUGGUCAAAGAGCCUAGUGUUCACUUCAGCAGACAAAGUGCUUAGAGAAUCAUCAGUGUAUUUCCGACUUAUUUUAUUGACCGAGCAAACAAGACGUAAUCAUUUAUUUUGUACUAUUUGCCGAACAGUGUUAUCAAGGCAACUUGUUCCUGUAUCUACUUCAGAUCAAAUUAAAGUACAGUUAUUACUUGUUAUUUUCUUUCCUUCAUUGGUUUAUUUUUCUCUUUUGGUUGUGCAGUUUGCGUUUCCUCGUUAUUGGCAACGUGCUGGCAUCAAAGAAUAUUGGUUUACAUAUACAGUAUACUAAUGUGUAAUAAGAUCCCACCAAAGGUCAUUCUUAAUGUUUUCUUGUUGCUUUAACACUGGAAAAAUUGAAGUAAAUAAAAGUUGAAGAAAUAAGUUGAGACAGAUGUGUUAAUCAUUUCCUAUCAGAAGACUCAAGAAAUAUGUAUGCACUUUAUAGACUAACAGUCAAAUAUUGCUUUAUUUUCUCAGACACGUACAGUACGGUGAUGCUAAUACCUUUAAAUACCUAGGGAGGGGGCUUAAAAAGACCAACUUAGGUUGGAGAGUCCUGUAAGCCUCAGUGAUAUUUGUGUGCUAUUUAUCCUGAAUUCAAUCCGGUAAAGAUUUAUUUUAGUGGAAUGCAUUGUGGGAAAGGGAGGUGGAAUUAAAUAUUAACAGCUAUUGACAUCUCCUUGAGAUCUUGUGUUCAAAGUUUAUAUUGUGGGUCUUGUCAGAUACUAGACAGUUCAUCUAUAACCUGAAAAAUUCUAUCCUCAGCUCCUGGUGAGGCUCUUUGUUUCUUUCUUUAUCCAAAAGUUUGGGUUACUUUAAGUAAUAACUUGAGCAUUGUUUGUUUAGUUGGAGGCUUUUCUCACAUCCGACCUAUGAUGUGUUCUCCAUGUUGUUUCAGGCGUUGGCACGCUAGGAAGGUAAUGUACGUGGUCUGCAACAAUGUCGCAAUGCCAAUGCAUAUAAAGACAGGUUGUUUUUCCCUGGCUUGUAUUUGUUAUUGUCUUCAUGACUGAGUAAUGCUGUCUAAAUAUCAUGUUGUCUAACACUUCUUAAAGAAUUUACAGAAAUGGAAUAAAUCAAUGGGGUUUCCAUAACAAGGACCCAGAGAAUGACUGAUAUACUAAGAAGAAAAUGUGAAGUCAAAUGGCUGCUUACAAAACAAUAACAACAGUAUUUAUGCCCUUUAUCCGUUUAACAGCUUGGCUGUGUAGCCUACUCACUGAUGAAGACGUAUUAAACAACAAUGUGUGACUUCAAUGAUGUGUUAUUUCUUCAUCAAACACAAAUCAGCUGCCUAUUAAUUAUGCAGGUCUUUAAAUUGCAGUCUGGCAGAUUUCCAAAAAGGUCACUGAUUUGUGUUUUGCUUUUGUGUGUUACAUCCUG